AUGGAAGAACAUACUGAAACUACUAAUCCCAAUAAUGUUGAAGAACCAUUAGAUCUGAUUCGAUUGAGUUUGGAUGAAAGGAUUUACGUUAAGAUGCGACAUGGUCGUGAAUUGAGAGGUCUUCUUCAUGCUUAUGAUCAACAUUUAAACAUUGUUCUUGGUGACGUGGAGGAAAUUAUUACCAAUGUUGAGAUUGAUGAAGAAACAUAUGAAGAAGUAUACAAAAUAACCAAACGCAAUGUUCCCAUGCUUUUUGUCCGAGGUGAUGGUGUCAUCCUGGUUUCCCCACCCAUUCGUGCGGGCAAUUAA